ACUCAAAGCUGUUCUCUCCUAAAACCCUGUGUUGCCAGCAUUUCAACAGUUCCACCAAUCCUCAGACGGGUUUUUAUACUGUGUGUAUUUAAUGAGAAUAGGAAGAUUUUGGAGGAUUUGGUGCUAGCUGCCUAAGAAGGUGAUUUUGCGAAUGUUGAUAGAGAAUUUGAUUUGGAGAAUAUUGUAGAAGCUGCAAGGAUUGCUGGCAAGAGUUUUAAUGCUUACUUUGUAUAAGGCCUGAUGUCGACGCUCAGGAGCUGGCCUUGUUGUACAUGAUGUGGGAGCUUACUGCAUGAGCAUGUCAUCAACUUACAAUCUCAAGAUUCGUCCCCCUGGGGACUGGGUUGAGAAAGAUGGGAAAGUGACCCAAGAUCCUGCAUGGGGAGACAUUUGAAGACUCUAUGCGGUUCUUUGAAGUUCUGUGAGUUUCUCAACGGUUAAGAAAGCUUAUCCAUCUGAAUAUUUAUAUUUGUUGUUGAUUGGAAGACAAAACCCAUCUGAAUUUUUGAAAGGCAAGUUUUCAAUAAAUUUUAUGAUAUUCA